UUUUUUUUUCAUUGUUUUAGGUUCUGAACUUGUAUUCUAUUUUGAGAACUUUCUUGGCCAGUCGUACAAGAGGAGUCUACACAAUUUUAUGCUUAUAAGUUAUAGGCACAGCCAAAGUCAAUCAUUAGAGAAUUACUGUCAUCAUACAUCUGUUCAUUCUCUUUUCCACUUGUCAAGAAAUGUUCCGGAAGGUUCUCAACAAUACUUGUAUAAGAAAAUGGUUUUAAAUGGAUGGAUCUCUGGUCCAUAUCUGGCGUCUCUAUGAUUACCUUGACCAUAGAGAUCCUUGCUUUAUUUUUUUUUGACAAGCUAAAAAGUAUUUUCUUGUAGCCUGAAGGAUCUGAAUCCCUUUUGCUUCUCCUAUUCCUCGUCAAUUAAUUGUGAAUGGAUUGCUAUAGAUCACUAGCAAUGAAGAAACGGGUGGACAUGAGUGAGACCUUGACCCUUGAGAGUAUAAGAUUUUCAUUAAUCCGACAGGAAGAUAGCAUAAUAUUUAGUCUUUUGGAGAGAGCACAGUAUUGUUACAAUGCCAAUACGUAUGACCGAGAUGCUUUUGCUAUGGAUGGGUUUCAUGGUUCUUUGGUAGAGUAUAUGGUCAGAGAAACUGAAAAACUUCAUGCUCGGGUGGGUAGAUAUAAAAGCCCUGAUGAACAUCCUUUCUUCCCUGAUGACUUGCCUCAACCGCUAUUGCCUCCACUGCAAUAUCCUCGGGUACUACAUCCAGUUGCAGACUCGAUUAACAUUAAUCCAAAAGUAUGGGACAUGUACUUUAGAGAUCUCAUUCCGAGAUUAGUUGAGGAUGGAGAUGAUGGGAAUUGUGGAUCAAGUGCUGUUUGUGACACAAUUUGUUUGCAGACUUUAUCAAAGAGAAUCCAUUAUGGAAAAUUCGUCGCGGAAGCUAAGUUUCAAGCCUCACCCGAUUCGUACGAAGCAGCAAUUCGAGCACAAGAUAAGCAAAAACUGAUGCAUAUGCUGACAUACCCGACGGUAGAGGAGGCUGUGAAAAGGCGAGUGGAGAUGAAAGCAACGGUUUAUGGUCAAGAAGUGGCGACUGAUUCGGUUAACGGUGAACUCCAAGCAGCUUACAAGAUCAAACCAAGCGUGGUUGCUGAUCUAUAUGGGGAUUGGAUCAUGCCAUUAACUAAGGAAGUUCAAGUCCAAUAUUUGUUAAGAAGAUUGGAUUGAUGAUCACAUUAAUCUCCAAAGUCUGGCUGAAGCUGUUUUGGUCUAUGGAAUUGUUGAGUUAUUUGUUGCAGGAUAAUUUAUUUUGUCAAAUGGUUUAGCACAGAUUUAUCACGUUAUUUGAAUGUCAAUGUCAUACAAAAAUGGGUGAACUUAGAAUGCCCUUUUGUACCCCUUUUUGUCCUAUUCUUCUUCCGGAAAUAAGAUAAAAAUUUGUACUCA